AUGCGCACUGUCGCGAGCUGGGAGUCACUGGCUGUUGCCGGUGUUACCGUUCAUCGAGAUUGGUUGCUUGUGAACUCCAUCUUUCUUGGCAUCCUUAUGUAUUGCGUUUUCUUUUUCAUCCAUGUAUCAAUCCAUGGCAAGCCACAAGCUGAGACCCCGAAAUUGGAAAGUAUGGAUGUUCGUGUAUCCACUGAUCUCUCUGAUGCAGACGUCCGGGCAGUUUUCGGAGAGAGCGUCAUGCUAAGCCGGGUGGCGGCGUUUACUUGGCGCUCGGGGCGAGCAGUGGCGAACCUCUUGUACUUGUCCUACAACGCAUUCAAGACAGGGAAAACCCUCAACACCCAGAGAGCCUGGAAUUUGGAAUGCAAGAUCGUUGCCUAUGGCGAAGGCGUCUUCGCUCUGGCUUUUUUCUUCACGAUUCUCACGAAUCUCAUCCGGCCCAGCAAGGAAGUUGGAGUGAACCAAGGAAGGUUGAACGUCCGUGGUGCUCUGAGUGCACUUGCAAAUUUCUCGAUCCUCAAAUGCAUUCCGCUGGUAAACCCAGCUAAAGCAAUGGAAGUGAUGAGCAAACUGCAGGCCACCAGAUACGGACCAGGGUUUUUUCUGUAUGCUGCUGCUGCUUGCUAUCUGAUCUUGAUCAUGUUGCCAUUGGCUUUGAUGGCAGUGUUGGUGAAGGUCUCACAGCUGCACUUCAUCACUCAAGCUGUGCAGUGGACUCCGUGGGACUACUUUGCCUUUGCUUUCUUCAUCAAUGCCCUUGCCGGAAUCCCUGGAAACGUGGAUCACGACAGAAUCAGUGCCAUGUUCCGGCUCAUCAAUGCGGCUGAGGCAGAGACCUUCGAGAGAAGAUAUAUGCUCAAGGUGGCAGAGCAGCUUGCCGACUCUUACGGUGACUGGAUUGGGAUCGUCAUGUUGAUCACCAUGUCGCCAACUGAUGUGUGCCAGCUCUUGAACAAAGGCAACAGGACACAGCCACUGCCUGAACCAACCGAUUAG